UCUCAUCGCUCUCCGUAUAAAUCUUGAAUUCUAACAAGGUAUUUCAAAAGGGGCCCUUUUUGGAAGUUCGAGACUCCUUUUUUUUUUUUAAUUUACGUAAAAAUUCAAGCUUUUUACAAGGUUUUCUCAAAAGGGUUCCUUUUACAAAUUCAAGACUUCUUUUACAAGGUAUUUUCAAAAGGGAUCUUUUUUAAAAGUUCAAGACUCCUUAAAAAAACAUGGAGAAUGUGGAAGAUGGAUUGUUAGUGAAAGAAAGGGAGUUAGUUGAAUUGAGAUGGGGAGUAAUUUGGGAGGAAGGGAAGGAGGUUGGUUACUUGGCUGGUCCUAUGAUAGUUGUGACACUUUCACAGUAUUUUUUGCAAACAAUUUCAUUGAUGAUGGUUGGUCAUUUGGGUGAACUUUCCCUCUCAAGUACUGCCAUUGCUGUUUCUAUUGCUGGAGUUACUGGUUUCAGCUUUCUUUUGGGAAUGGGCACUGCACUAGAAACUCUUUGCGGACAGGCUUUCGGAGCUAAACAAUAUCAAAGACUUGGUACUCAGACAUACACAGCCAUUUUCUCUCUCUUCAUUGCUUGCAUUCCCAUUGCAGUUUUAUGGAUAUAUGUGGGGAAAUUGCUUACUUUGAUCGGGCAAGAUCCUCAGAUUUCUCAUGAAGCCGGCAAGUUCAUUAAGUGGCUGAUUCCUGCUCUCUUUGCUUACGCAAAUCUUCAGCCACUUAUUCGGUACUUUCUAAUGCAAAGUAUGAUUGCUCCAAUGCUCAUAAGCUCUUGCAUUACGAUAUGCUUCCACAUACCGCUGUCCUGGGUGCUAGUGUUUAGCUCUGGCUUAGGUAAUAUUGGCGCAGCAUUGGCUAUUGGUAUAUCGAUGUGGUUGAAUGUCAUAAUCCUUGCUUCAUACAUGAGGUUGUCUCCUGCUUGUGCAAAAACCCGUGCACCAGUGUCAUGGGAGAUCGUCAACGGAAUGAGAGAGUUCUUUCAGUUUGCUAUCCCUUCUGCUAUCAUGAUUUGUCUUGAAUGGUGGUCAUUUGAGCUGCUCAUCUUACUAUCCGGAGUAUUGCCGAAUCCCCAACUUGAAACUUCAGUACUAUCUAUAUGCCUGAAUACUAUUUCUACCCUUUAUGCAAUUCCAUUUGGUCUCUCUGGUGCUGUAAGCACUCGAGUUUCUAAUCAAUUAGGAGCUGGGAAUCCUCAAGGAGCUCGCGUAUCCGUGAUUUCUGUAAUGCUUAUUGCGGCCACAGAGACAAUACUAGUAAGCACAGCUGUAUUUGUUAGCCGAAACGUAUUUGGCUACAUUUUCAGCAACGAGAAGGAAGUCGUGGACUAUGUUGCAAACAUGGCUCCUCUUCUAUGUCUAUCAGUCAUUACUGACAGCUUUCAAGGAUCCCUUUCAGGUGUCGCAAGGGGAUGUGGUUGGCAGCAUAUCGGAGCCUAUGUCAAUCUUGCUUCGUUUUACCUUUUUGGAAUUCCCAUCGCUGCUUCAUUAGCGUUUUGGCUCAACUUUCGAGGAAAAGGCCUGUGGAUCGGCAUACUUUCUGGUGCAGCUCUGCAAACUAUUCUACUCUCUGUUAUAACAUGCUGCACAAAUUGGGAAAAACAAGCUGCAAUGGCAAGGGAGAGGCUUCAGGCUGAUGAAAAAUCAUCAGUAGAUAACACGCUGAAGUAAAUAAAAUGUUACAAAAUUCUCUUUGAAAAAUACUCGAAUAAUGUUAUAUGGUUUAUUGAGGCAUCUAUGCUCCGUGAAUCCGCGUAUAACAAGAGGCCAAGUGUCAUUUCCUAGUUGUUUGCAGAGCCACGACAACCAUCGAGAUAACCUCCUGAUAUAUGCUGCACUUACUAUCGAGAUUAUGAAUUAUGGUAGAAGAUUAGCAUGUAGUUGAGGAUCCUCCUACUUCUAGUUGUAUGAUUUCAGUAUCAUCUUGAAAUUUACAUUGAAUAUAUACUCUUAAAUUUCCAUAUUAAACUUGACAUGCAUAUUAGUAGUAA